AAAAGAAACCAUGGUGUCAAUUAAGUAUUUACAAGUCAUAAACCAGAAACUUCGAUGAAAAAUUCUAACUAUAGUAUGUGUCUGGCAUGUCCCACAGUAGUAUUUAGACAAUGAGUUACAGAAACAAAUGGAUCCUGAAUUGUAUACAGCAGCGCAUUUAGGUGAUUGGGUUCUAAUGAAAAGGUUUUCUGGGAACUUCUAUUCUCAGAAGACUUCGACUGGAAACACAGUCCUCCACGUAUUAGCCCAGUUUUGUGACUCUGCAGAGGUAGCGCGACAUAUCCUUGCAGGACAUUUCUGUCUGCUAAUGAAAAAGAAUGUUCAUGGCGAAACAGCACUUCAUUUGGCAGCUAGAAAGGGGCACCUGGGCAUUGUUCGAGCACUUAUUGCAUCUGCAAGACAUCAAUAUCCUCAUUCAAGAUUUCGAUUUCCGGGUUUUGACGGAUGCAAGAGGAUGCUGAGGAUGGCUAAUGUGGAUGGCAACACAGCUUUACAUGAGGCAGUUAGGAACAACUUCUAUGAGGUUGCCAAAUUGUUGGUUCAAGAAGAUCCUGAGUUUCAUUAUCGCCCCAAUUAUGCUAUGGAGACUCCUCUGUAUCUAGCAGUAGAGAAGGGAUAUCAUGAUAUCGUUGAUCUGAUUUUGGUGACUUGCAAGUCUUCAUCUUAUCUCGGCCCCGGUAACAGAACUGCCCUGCACGCUGCAGCUAUACGGAAUUCGCCAGAAGUGGAACUGAUUUUACAGAAGCUGCCAAAUCUUACAACGAAAGUCGACAAAUUUGGAUGGAAUGCACUUCACUAUGCUGCUAAAUUUAAUCAUCAAGGAGUAGUAAGACAAUUAUUGUCUAAAUACAAGUUCAUGGCCUAUGUUACUGCCAAUAAUGACGACUCAAUGACUGCUUUACAUAUUGCGGUGACUCAAGGACAUGUAGCUGUCAUACAAGAGCUUUUAUUGCAUUGCCCAGAUUGUUGGAAGAGGAUCACAUAUAAACGCCAGAACAUCCUUCAUCUUGCUGUAAAAUAUGAACAAAGAGAAGUGUUGGAAUUUUUCUUACAGUAUUCUUGGGCUUCUGAACUCAUCAACCAAAAGGAUUCUAAAGGAAACACUCCUCUCCACCUGUAUGUUGCCACCAAAAACUUAGAUGGUAAUAGCCUUGUAAAUCACCCUUGUGUUGAUAUCAGUGCUUUCGACAAUUCCAAUUCCACUGUUCUUGACAACAUACUUCACAUUGAUGAGCUUACUGGAAGACAGGUUUUGAUCAAGGAAGAGUUGGAGCGAGCAGGUGCUAGUCCAGGUUAUCGAAAUGUUGCUACUGUGAAGAAGAAUUUAGGAGCACCAAAAACCGAAGAACCAGAAAAACUGGAAAGUUUGGCUGGGACUUAUUUGAUUGUGGCUACGCUGAUUGCAACAGUCACUUUCACGGCAGGUUUUACCAUCCCAGGUGGAUUCAAUGAUAGUGACAGUCCAAACAAAGGGCUGGCGGUUCUAGGAAACAAAGCAAUUUUUAUAACAUUUGUUAUUUCAGAUUCCUUAGCAAUAAUGAUCUCCGUUCAUGCAGUCCUCCAUCUAAUUUUGCUCUUGCAAAGCAACAACCACAAGUUCAAGUUAGCUAUGCUCCACGGAGGUAGGGCUUCAAUUUUCAUGGCCAUUAUCCUGAUGAUGAUAGCAUUUCUGACGGGCUUGUCUUCUGUGUUACCAAUGCUGCAUAUCAAGAUUCUGUUGUGCGUCCUUGCUGCUAUAUAUUGCUAUCAUAUACCUUUGGACCUCGUUCAGUUUUUAAGGAACACUAGGAGUAGUAGAUAUGUAACUAUGUUUAGACAUACCGAGGCUGAUUAUUCUUGGUAUAUAGGUCCAUUCAGAGUUUGGGUUCAAGAUUUGACUGAAGAGGAUGAGUUUUGGUUGGAUUUUUGCAACAGAGGAGUUUUCUCCUUUAAAGAUCAGCCAGCGGAUCAUACUUUAGUGCGUAGCGGCUGCAAGAAGAUGCACGCCGAAUUGUAUGCAGCUGCACAGUCAGGUAAUUGGGUUGUAAUGAGAAUAUUUUCAGACUACUUCUACUCUCAACAUACUCCAGUAAAAGACACAGUCCUUCACGUAUUAGCCCAGUCAUGUGACUCUGCAAAUUUAGUCCAACUUAUCCUUGCUGGACAUGGCCGUUUGCUUAUGAAAUUGAACAAACAGGGCGAGACUGCACUUCAUUUGGCAGCAAGAAAGGGGCAUUUGGGCAUCGUUCGAGCACUAAUUGACUAUGCAAAAUCGGAAGCAGGACGCUGGUUCCCCCCAUGUUUUGACAGGCGCAAGAGGAUGCUGAGGAUGGCUAGUGUGGCUGGAAAUACAGCUUUACACGAGGCAGUUAGGAACAACUUCUAUGACAUCGCCAAAUUGUUAGUUCAAGAAGAUCCUGAGUUUCGUUAUCCCCACAAUUAUGCUGUGGAGACACCUCUGUAUCUGGCAGUUGAGAAGGGACGCCAUAAUAUUAUGGUUCUAAUUUUGGAGUCUUGCAAGACACCUUCUUAUCUUGGCCCCGGACACAAAACUGCCUUGCAUGCUGCCGCAAUUUGGAAUUCGCCAGAAUCCAUGAAGCUGAUUUUGGAAAAGCUGCCUAAUCUUAUAAAGAAUGUCGAUAAAUUUGGGUGGACUGCCCUUCAUUAUGCUGCCAAAUUCGAUCAUCAGGAAAUUGCAAGACUAUUACUGUCUGCUGAUAGGUCUACUGCCUAUGUUGCUGCCAAGAAUGAUGACUCCAAGACUGCUCUACAUAUUGCGGUAAUUCAUGGACAUGUAGUUUUGGUGCAAGAGAUUUUAUUCCACUGCCCAGAUUGUUGGGUUCAGAUUAUGGGUAAAAGUCAGAAUAUGCUUCACCUAGCUGUAAAGCAUGAAAAAGGAGAAGUCUUGGAGUUUGUUUUACAGAAUUCCUGGGCUUCUGAUCUCAUUAACCAAAAGGAUAAUAAAGGAAACACUCCUCUCCACCUGUAUGUUGCUACCAAAAACUUAGAUGGGAAUUGCCUUGUGAAUUAUCCUUUUGUGGAUGUCAAUUCUUUCGACAAUUCCAACUCCACGCCUCUAGACAGAAUAGUAGGGGAUGAUCACUUUUCAGAAAGACAGAUUUUAAUCAAGGAUGAGUUGAAGCAAGCAGCUGGCACUCGAGGUUAUCGAAAUGUUGCAACCGUAAAGAAGAAAUUACGAGCAGCUAGUCCUGAUGAAAUAAAAAGAGUCGAAAAAUUGGCUGGGAAUCAUUUGAUUGUGGCUACACUGAUCAUAACAGUCACUUUUGCAGCUGGUUUUACAGUUCCAGGUGGAUACAACAGUGACGGUCCACGCAAAGGCAUGGCAGUUCUAGGCAAGAAAGCAGCUUUUAUUAUAUUUGUUAUUUCAGAUUUCUUGGCAAUGAUUGCCUCCAUAUAUGCAGUGGUUGGACAUGUCAGGCUCUUGCAGUCCAAAAAGUACGGGCUUAAGUUGGCUGCUGUCCUGACAAUUGGGGACCGAAUUUCUCAGGCUGUGACAUUCAUGAUGAUAGCAUUUCUCACUGGCUUGUACGCGGUGCUACAAAAUUUGGCCGUCAUGAUCGUGCUGUGUGCCCUCGCUGCUUGGCUUGGCAUUGACAUAUUCGUAACUUUUUGGCCAAAACGCCAGUACAGGAAAUACACCUAUACAACUAGAUUUAAGCAUAGCGAAGCUGACUAUGGCACAUUUGUAGGACCAUUUAUACAAUGGCAUCAGGAUUUGACCAAAGCCGCGGACUAGUUGUUUUAUAAGCAAAUGGGGGUUUUUAUUUGUAUUGCAAGGGAAAAGAAAAGCACAAAGGCAUCGGAGGAGUUUGUUUUUCAAAAACUCAAUAAAUUAGUUGAUG